AUGUCUCUCUUCAAGUCAGUCCUGUUCACGCUCCUGCUUGCGGUGGUUGAAGCUGCCACCAUAGCCAAGAACGCCUAUAACUGCACCAGUUUCAUCGUCCAUGUCCCGGUCAACAACGUGACAGUGGUUGUCCCACCGAUACCACCGUUUACGGACCAACACACUGCGACGUCGUUUGCCAAUCUGAUCACAGAAGACUUGACCCUACCUCAGGAUGCCUCUGGAGCCCCCAACUUGUCGACCUUGACUACAACUUUCAACAUCAGUGCUGAAUACUGCACGCCAGCCAAGCCAGGACCAAAGGCGUCGACCUUGCAGAUCUUGACCCAUGGUCUCGGGUUCAACAGAACAUACUGGGACUUUUACCUUCCUUCGGCACCCAACAAUGCUCAAUACUCCUACAUCAACACUGCGACGGGUGCCGGCUAUAGCACUCUGUCCUGGAAUCGUCUAGGCCAUCCACCAACCACCGUGGCAAACCCGUAUACUCAGAUCCAAGCCCCAGUCGAGCUCGCUGUCCUCGCCGGCCUCACGACCCUUGUACGAGCCGGAAACGUCACGCAAGUUCCCGUACCCCAGAAAGUCAUCCACGUCGGCCACAGCUGGGGCAGUAUAUUGUCGAACGCGCUCGCAGCAACCGCACCAACACUUUCCGACGGCGUCGUCUUGACUGGCUACUCCCACCAAGUCAUCUUCAACGCCUUGUUCAUUGCCAGCACGGGUCUCCGCUUCAUAAAUCAGAAUCAGCCAGCUCGCUUUCCAAACAGUACGUACUCGACAGGCUUCCUGACCUGGCCCGACAAGUAUGCCAACCAGUACUCAUUCCUCGAGUACCCGUACUUCGACGACAACGUGUUGAAUUAUGGUGAAUCCGGCAAAUGGCCCUUCACCCUCGGCGAGUUUUUGAGCGCCGCUCUCGUUCCUCUCCAGGCUCCAAGCUUCAAGGGACCAGUGCUAUAUCUCGCUGCCGAAGCGGACUUGAUAUUCUGCGCGUCGAAUUGCACGACCUUCUUUGGCCCCACUAGCGCAGAGGUGACUGCUUUCAAUGGCAGUUCCAGUGUUGAGACUUAUAUCCAGCCUAAUGUGGGACAUGGUAUCAACUUACAUUACAAUGCUACUGGAGCGUAUAAUGUCGUCAUGAACUGGGCUUCGAGACAUGGUUUCUAG